GCACACUUGGACGGGGCGAGGCGGCGGCUGUCCCGGCGUGGCCUCUCAUCCAUCAUCGCUAUGGGAAUUACCACCGCGCUGUGUCCGAACCGAGCCCUCAUCCGUCUGGAAGCGGUCCACCUGCCGGAGACACAGACUAUAAAGCGCCGCAGUUGAGGCCGCUCACACAGCUUCUUCUUCUUCUCCUCCGGUUUCUAAACUGAGGAGGAGGAAGGAGGAUGAUGAUGGUGAUGAUGAGGAGAAACAUCUAGAGAUGAGAAGUGUUUCCUAAGGAGACAACUUUGCUCGAGAAUCAUCUGUUUUGUGAACCAGGACGAUGCCUGCCAUGUGUGUGUCCGCAGUGCUCUUAUGUACAGUGGUGGCUGACAUCUCAGCCCGGGUUUUGACCACCACCAGCCCAGACGAUCAGCCCGUCCUCUCUCCCCGCCACUAUCAGCACACCGACCGAGACUCGGGCACCCAGCUGGUCUGCGACAAGUGUCCGGCGGGAACCUACGUCUCCGUCCACUGCUCUCCGACGGCCGUGAGGGAGUGCAGCCCCUGUCCCGAGGGCACCUUCACACGGCGGGAGAACGGCGUCGAGCAGUGCCAUCGCUGCCGGGCUCCGUGUCCCGCCGGGUUCGUCGAGAAAGCGCCCUGCACGGCCACGCAGGACCGGGUCUGCACGUGUCCCCCCAACAGCUUCCUGUCGGGGGACGAUGGCGCUGAGUGUAAACCCCACUCGCUGUGCCCUCCGGGGACCAGGGUGAAAAAGCGCGGCAGCGAAACGGAGGACGUGCUCUGCAAGCCGUGCACCAAGGGGACCUUUUCAGACGUGGUGUCGAGUGCACUGAGGUGCCGAAAUCACACGGACUGCCAAGCUCAGGGGAUGGUGCUGCUCGCGGCGGGGACUAGAGAGACAGAUAAUGUCUGUGGACCACCUUCUACAGCACCCUCGCCUGCCUCCACAACCCCUUCACCGACUGUGCCCGUAGAGAAACCCUGGCAUGGUGCAACCACUCCAGCAUCACUGACUGGACACGCACAUAAAGGUACUCACAGGGAGUCAGCAGCCAUUCAGCUGAGGCAAACCCUGGGUGGGGGAGCCCACAGAGUAGAGGGGCUACUGCUUAGCCAUCCUGGCACUCCCACCUCACCCAAUAGCGACCCACCAUGGACUCCACCGCCCCCAGCUCUCAAACAGCCGAUGGAGCAUAAGCAACAGCGGGGGCAACCCAACUCUGACCCUAUGCCAGGACCCAACAAACGGGCAAUGGAGGGGCUGGCGGGUGCAGAGGUGGUCAGGGUUGAAACAGGUAUCAGUAAGGUGGCCGGGCAGGGGAGCGGAGGUGGCGUCUCCACUUACUACAGGCCCACUCGCAGGGGGUCCCCAAGGCCGAGCACCCACGAUCAAUUUGACAUCAACGAGCACCUGCCCUGGAUGAUCGUGCUGCUGCUCUUACUGGUGCUGGUGGUGAUCGUGGUGUGUAGCAUAAAACGGAGCUCCCGGGUGCUGAAGAAAGGCCCGAUGCAAGACCCCAGCAGCAUCAUGGAGAAGGCGAUUCAGAAGAAACCAUCUGCCCCACUGACACAAGCCAGAGAGAAGUGGAUCUACUACUCCAAUGGACAAGGGGUGGACAUCCUGAAGCUGGUGGCAGCCCAGGUGGGCACCCAGUGGAUCGAUAUCUACCAGUCUCUGGCCAACGCCACGGAGCGCGAGGUGGCCGCCUUCUCCAACGGCUACUCGUCUGAUCACGAGCGGGCCUACGCUGCUCUGCAGCACUGGACCAUCCGGGACAGUGAUGCCAACCUGGCCAAGCUGAUCAACGCCCUGCACCGGCAGCGGCGCAUCGACGUAGUGGAGAAGAUUCGCUGUGUCAUGGAGGACAACCCACAGUUUGACAUCAACCAGCUGAUGACCUCAGUGAAUGUAAGCCAUAGCCUCAGUCCCAUCCACAAGCCGCUCGAGUCUCCCACCAGCCUCGGCAGCAACGGCGGCAGCGGCGGCAGCAGCAGCAGCGGCAGCGUGGGUCGGGUCAGCGGUGUGGAGCAGUCGCCGGUGGACCGAACCAAAGGCUUCUUCCCCGACGAGUCAGAGCCGCUGCUUCGCUGCGACUCCACCUCCAGCAAAGACUCCGCGCUCAGCAGGAACGGCUCCUUCAUUACCAAAGAGAAGAAAGACACGGUGCUCCGGCAGGUGCGUCUGGACCCGUGCGACCUGCAGCCCAUCUUCGACGACAUGCUGCACAUCCUGAACCCGGAGGAGCUGCACGUCAUCGAGGAGAUCCCGGCCGCCGAGGACAAGCUGGACCGACUCUUUGAGAUCGCCGGAGUCAAGAGUCAAGAGGCCAGUCAGACGCUGCUGGACUCGGUCUACAGCCACCUUCCCGACCUGUUAUAGUGGAGGAACGAGGAAGACAUCGGCACGGGGAAUGCGAAGGAAUGUGUUUAGCGGGAGGGAUGAGUCAUGUGGUAUCGUUCAGAUUAAGCUGGGUUGACAUUUGAUCUGAUAGAGUUUGACUCGUCAUGUCAGUUUGUCACGUGAUUCUCGUGCGGGGUUCACUCUGUGUCUACCCCCCGCAACGAGUCUCUUUACUGCUUCUUAAUUCCUCUUUUCCUUCUUCUCUCGUCCUGUGUCUACACUCUACUCCUUCAGAGCACCAACAUCCUCCACCACGAUACACGGUCAAUGUAACAAAGUACUGUGACCUUAACCGCGAGGCUCUAGAGCCUCCUAAUUUAGAAAACAGCGAGGAGCUAAACACGUAUUGACUCCAUGCAAAGACACAAAUAGCACUUUCUUUCUCUUAAAUGGCCAAUGCCUUCAUGUUUAAAGAAUAAUACCGGUGUGUUAUUCUUUUUUGUUGUUUGUGCCAAUCAUUCAGGCUGCUUUUGCCUUUAACAUGAUUUCAGUGUUGAAAAUCUGAUUUAAAUGAGCAAUUGUGGCGAAAUGAUUAGACAGACAAUAGUAAAUAAGCUACAACACUGGUAUUAUUCUUUGAUUUUAAGGUUCUUGUAACACAUUCUCAGAUGUUUUUGCCCAGGUGUGGAUCGACCUGUAAGUCACGUGCCUGAACUUUUUUCCUUUUCGAACCUCAUGAACCAUUUUCCUUCCACCCACCUGUACCUGGAGCAGAUCAUUUGAAGGUAGCUCGUAACCACCAGCAGGUGGCAGCAUUAGCUAAGCUGUCUGACCUGCUGCUCUGGAACCAAAACCAUAUAUCAAAAAAUAUGGGACUACAUGUCAAAAUAAUCCAAUUCAGGAGUAUUAUUUACCCAAUCUGAUAUUAUGAUAUAUGGUUUUGCGUCUACCGAAGGCUGAACAGAACAGGAGGGUUGACCGACUCCGGCCUGCUUCUCUGGAACCAAAGCCAUAUAUCUACACCAGUUUAGAUACGUCGCUUUGGAAGCUCCGUCACUGUUGGACUCACGAACAGGAUCCAAUAAAUACUCCUACCAGUACGCACAUUCAGAUCUCUGCUAGCUAGCCCUGUUUGCCUCAACAAAUGUAGCGUUGAUAAAGUGUUCUUGAUGCAUUUUGGAGCUUCAUGUCGGACGUGAGUGUCUGAGUAGAAACAAUAGAACACAAGAGAUUCUUUUGUUUUUUUUUUAUUUUCCAUUCAGUUGUAUGUUGCUACAUGCUCUAUGUAGUCGAUAUUAAAAUGUAAUAAUGAUGCACUAAUUCUAUUUACUAUUGGAGAGGCAGAUAUGUAUUUUCUGUGUCCUUUGUUUUUUUUUUUUGGUUUUUUUUUUCUCAUAUUCUGAAAUGCUGUUAACAUUUGAUUUUGUCGUAGCGUUUUUCUAUAUUUAGUUGAAUUCAUUACGUCGUAUUCUCUCUGUUAGCGUUUUGAUUUUUCUUUUCACGGGCAUUCACAUUGUAUUUACCCCCACUUGGUGUCACGAGGCGACCAGGUUGGGAUGUAAGAUAUGCAUACUCCAUACUCUACUUGAAGUCUGUCUACUUGGGUUACUUGAUUUAAAACGAGGAAGACAAUGUACUCUUUUAGUUCCUCCCACGUCCAGUGUACUUUCUUAAAAAAAAUAAUAGACCUAAAAAAAAGCACCACCAAAAAAACAAAAAAACUCAUCGACGUUCGGAGCCGUGAGAGCUACUGUGGUGCUCGAUGUGAACUCUCACCGGUUGGCCUGACACAAGGGAAGUUUUGGGGGGGAGGGAGGGGGGCUUUAACGCUGGACUAAUGACUAUUUAAAGUAUUCCAGACUGAGUGAGAAACAGUGAAGGUUGUGCUGCUGUGGACCGCAGGAUGUGAACGAUGGUGACGGUGAUGUGUGAUCUGACUCUCCGUUGUGCCGCGGAGACGCUAAACUGCAGGAUUGAAGAAGCUUUUUAUUUUCUAUGAAAGUCUGAACAGAUGAGGGCGAGGUGUGAAACGCACAUGUGGCUUGAGUGGAUGAUUUCAUCAAAUUUCACGCGUGUAACCAGUAUGUUUACUACUAUGUAACCUCUUAAAAAUCAAUGAAUUAAAGCUCAAAACAUUUGUCAUAACUUA